AUGUCUGAUUUCCGAUUGAAGGAACACCAAGAUGUUUCUCCACCCAUUGUUGCAAGAAUUCCAAAAUCUUGUGUCACAAGUGUAUUGAUGCCAUCAAUAUCUGUAGCUGAAGGAGAAACGAAGGACAGUAAAAUGGAAGAGAAGGUAAACAAAAUAUUAGAGCCAGCUAAAUCCCUAUGCCAUGUGCUUUCUUAUCAAGUCCUGAUAUUGUACUUGAUGAUAAUACUGGAUCCUACUUUUUGGUUCUGGGACAUGAUAGUCUUCAUUACCAAGAAUUUGUUACCACUGAUCUCCAAGGAACACUACUUGAAACAGCAGCAUGUUCCAAAUCCUAGGUUGUAUGGACGUUUCAGCAGCAUUAGAAAAAUGAGCGGUGAUCGGAAAUAA